UCGGGUCAGAGUAUGUUUUUAUGGAAUGUGUAUUAUUGCUAUCUUUGGGUGAGACGAUCUGUCAUGACGUGGUGACGUGUCGUUUUCGUUGCAAUCGCUGUUUUAAGACGCACGGCUGUUUUCUGGGAACAACAACAACACACCUAGAAAUCACGACCUUCAUGCCAUGUAUCCUGUUGAUCUGCCAUCUGUGGACGACACUGAGCUGACAUCCGCAUCUGAGAAUUACCUGGCGUCCCUGAACGCAACGCCUCCCAGCAAUGAGACAUCUGAAAAGAGCGCCAUAACACCAGCCAACGUCAGCCAGUUCCACCUGUUUGAGGACGACCACCCCGACUGUACUGUGUUGGCGCUUCAUCCUCCUCAUGAUCCAACACAAGUCUUGGCUUUAUACCUGCAUGAGAAGUGGUGGCGAUUGGACGACGUGCUACGGACCUCCAGUAAAUCCAGAAGUGGCUUGCAGCCAGUGCAGUCAGUUACGGAGCGUCUGAUCGUGUUCCUGCUCAGCCGGGUGGUGGAGAGGCCUCAGUCACACGGAGAGGUGUCGUUCUCCCCGCACCCACGCACAGAGAGCUGCAAAGUGCUGUGGGAGGACGGACAGGCGGUCGGCUUCUACUCCGUCAAACACAAAGGCAAACUCUGUGACAGCUGGAGCAGCCGCUGCUACCUGCUGCCCGUCCUGGACACCGUGCUGGUGAGGCCAAGCUGCAGGAGGAGAGGCUUCGGCCUUCAGAUCCUGCAUGACUUCUGCUCCUCGUUCUCCUCAGAGGACUUCCUCGGAGUCAGCUCCCCCUUAUCGUCCAGCAUGGCGGCAGUGAUCAGGAGGUUUCUGCAGCAGCACGAGGAGCAUCGGGAGCGUCUGUACGAGGUAGAGGCGCCAGGAGGCUGGACUCAGAGAAGAAACAUCUGGCUCAACAUUCAGCUCGGUUUCUACGCGUCUGAGCAGCUGGCACCAGGGAUUACGGGGGGAGCUGCCCUGGCCUCGGUUAGCACCUGUAACUCGAACGCUCCCCUGGCGACGGCCUCCUCUCGGCUCUGUGACAUGAACCAGGAAGGAAGCUCCCCGAGCAGCGGUACCUCCGGGAAAGGAUGUAGCUCUGCAGCCCACGCCGAUGUUCUGGAUUUUAAAUUUCCCGACAGGCCCCGAAACGUGGGGGGAAAAAUUCGAUCAAAGAAGCCCAGAAGAGAAAACACAGGAGAGAUGCAAAAAAGGUCCAAAAGAGCCAGGAGAACAUCUGUAGACGACUAAAAAACACAAAGUCGUUGUGCAACAUCAGACUCCAGAAGGAGCUGUUCAUGUGCUCUCUGCAUUUCGCUUUCACUCAAUUCAGCUAUAAGGUUUUAGCUUCUUUGGAGUUCCUCUGGUCCAAUUUCUGUUCAUCCUGUGGUGAUUUUAUUCCUCAUGGGUUACUUUAUGCUUCUUUAUACAGAUUUUAUACAGGUAAGGUUUUAAUUUAGUCAUUUAGUGUCACACUUUUAGGACACUCUUAAACGGGGUUCCCACUGCUUGCACUUGAAUUUAGUACUUUUUAGAUCUGCAGGAGUAAGAGAAAUCAUUUAGAAAUAGUAGAAUUAUACUUUCCAUCUCUUCUUUUUCCCUUUUUCAGAUGAAAGAAAGUUCUCCUCUGCUUCAACACUUUCUGAAUUAACCAAAUCUGUAAUCCUCAGGUCCACAGAUGUUUGGUUUGUUU